AUGGGGAAACGCAGUUUCGAUUUCGCCGCCGUGAGCAUGGAGGCAGAUUCGUCCUCGAUCAAGGAAGGCAACGUCGUCGAGACGAAAUCGUUGGAGUCCGGCGAGACGGUCGACUCCACCGAUGCACAACUGCUCGCGCUGGGAUGCAAGCCCGAAUUGAAGCGUGUGCAUACCUUCUGGACUUUGAUGGCAUAUCAAACCACCAUUCUGUGCUCAUGGAGCUGCAACAUUGUCCUAUUCGACUUCAUCUUCACCGUGGGAGGCGUAGGGAGCCUCGUUUGGGGAACUCUCAUCGUUGGCAUCGGGCAGACCCUGCUCAUGGCUUCCCUCGCCGAGUACUGUGGCAUCUGGCCGACUGCAGGGGGGCAGUGCUUCUACACACAGAUGGUCGCGCCACCGAAGAUGCGCCGCUUUUUGUCUUUUGUCGUAGCUUGGUCCAUUCUUGUUGGUGAGGUUUCGACGAGCUCCAGCUGCGCGCUGAACAGUGCCCAGAUCGUGGAGGCAUUGGUGCUGAUAACACAUCCCGAAUUUGACUGGAAGGCAUGGAUGACCUGGCUAAUCUACUCCGGUUUCCUCAUCGCGCCUACCCUCUCCAACCUCGGCCCGAUCUUCCUCAAACGCCUCAACAUCUUUGGUGCAUUCUUCAACAUAGGCAGCUUCUUCGUCUGGGCUGUCGUCUUCCUGGCGUUGGCGCCCAAGAACUCGGCUUCUUUCGUCUUCACCCAUUUCAUCAACACUACCGGGUGGAAGUCUGACGCGUGGGUCUUUGUUCUGUCCAUGUACGCCCCGAUUUACGGACUCUACGGGACGGAUGGGGUGAUGCAUUUGGUUGAGGAUAUGAAAGAUCCGGCUCGUGACGCGCCGCGCGUGAUGAUUUGGGCCAUGGUCUGGGCGACGAUGACCGCCUGGCUCGCUGCUAUUGUCCUGGGCUUUACGUCUGGUGGCUGGGAACAUUACUUGCACAAUAUGCAAUCUUACGUUAACUGGUUUGUCGGCGUUACUGACUCCGUCUACGGAGGCGGCAUCUUCUGUGCCAUUAUCAUGAUGGGGUUGAAUUAUCUGAUCAUCACCAACAUGAAUGCAGCCGGCAGUCGUGUGGUCUGGGCCAUCGCCAAGGACGGCGGCUUCCCAUGCUCGAGCUACUUCGCGCAGCUGUCGCCUCGCUUCAACGUACCAGUUCGCGCCAGUCUCGCGUUCAUUGCCAUGAACUUGGCAAUCGGCCUUCUCGUGCUUGGCAGCGAUCUUGCUUUCUGGGCUAUUAUUUCUGGCGGCGGCGUCGCGUUCCAGGUGGCAUAUAGCGUGCCUAUAAUCUGCGUGGUCUGUCGCGGCCGCAACAUCCUGCCUCCCCGUCCGUACCUCAAUCUGGGCCGCUGGGGCUUUGCAAUCAAUUUGGCGGCGCUUGCAUGGGUAAUCGUCACCCUCCUCUUCUUCACUUUCCCCGCGUACAUGCCCGUAGUCGGCCACGUAGAGGACAUGAACUGGGCCGCCGGACUCGUCGGUGCGGUCCUCAUCAUCUGCGCCCUACAAUGGAUCCUAUCCAGCCGCAAACACUACCUCAAGACUUCCAACACCGCCACGGAUCGCAGCGUCACGACGCCAGAAUCAACACAUGCAAGUGAAAAAGUGCCAUGA